AUGAUUGUGCAUGUUCAUUUGCUGUCUGGUUCAUUUCAAUUUGCAGUUUUUGAGUUAUUUCCUUGUAACAUUGUACUCAAACGAAUUCUAAUUUCAAGUGUGAUGUACUGUUUGAUAAUUAUGCUGGCAGUUUCCUCCAGAACAAAACAUCUUAAACACUUGGAUGGAGAUGACCUCUAUAAGGAUUUAAAUAUCUUGGAUAUUGACUUGGGUUUUAAUGACUGUGAAGAACUGUGUGGCGAAUCUCUUGCUGAUUCACAACAGUUUUUUGAGGAUGGUGGUAUUGAUACCUCAUUUGAGAUCGGCUCUAUGCCCGGUUCUCAAAUUAAUACAAAGUGUGCAUAUGCCAUCAAGGACUUCUUAGCUUCACAGACUAAAGUAAAGCAGAUGGCAUUCAGCAAUCCGGUAUCUGGUGACCCUGUUACAAGCUGUCAAACUGGUCCAAAUACUUGCUUGCCAAGAAAAGCACUAUCUACAUGUUCACUUUCCUUUUCUGGCCUGACUGGUGAGAGUAGCACGGAAGAUCACCAUGAGUGGGAUGUCUUCUAUGCUUAUAAUGGGUGAACCUCCAUGGCAUUUCCCCUGAUCUGAAAGUCUGGUGACAUCAUCCAGCAGGGAUUGUGCAGUCUUACGGUAAAGGGAGAAAAUAAGUCACUCAAUUAAGUAACGUGCAGGAUAAUGUUUUUCUUUGUUGCACGGGAAGAAAACAUACCUUAAAAAUCUGUCUCUAAACAUAUAUAAUUUGUUAACUAAAGUUGUUUCCUAAUUAGACUUUAGAAGUAUAUUUUUUGUUGUAGAUAUUACAAUGCAACAUCAACACUUCUAAGCCCUUUGCCACUCGUUGAGUUGAUGCAGGACUCAUAGACCUUUUUUAAUGUCACUAAAAGUACAACGAUUGUCUACUUCUGUAGAAAAUCGUGUAAUAUGGAAAUUGUAAUUAAUUUUAGAUUGUGAUUUUUAGGUUAAUUGCUAGGUUGAUUUAUUUCCUUACUUAGGUGAUUAUAGUGUCCUUUUCUUAUUUGAAUUGUAUAGCAUAAGUAGGAGGUAUUGGGAUGUGUUUUAAGUGUCGUGAAAUAAAAUUUCCAGAAUUCCAAUUCUGAUUUCAUGGUAUUAGAGCCUAGGUUUCUCUAACCUAGCAACACAAUGGCGGAAUUCCCCGCCAACAGCAGAGAGUCGAUGACCUCUGCCACUUCCGAAUUUGAAAUAGAAGUCAGCCCUCCAAUCGGUUCAACUGGAGUAGAGAACUCCACCUUCCAACUCAUGGUGGAAAAAUUGAACGGAAGGAACUACUGAGAGUGGGCCCAAUCCAUAAAAUUAGUAAUACACGGUAAAGGGAAAUUGGGGUAUUUUACCGGUGAAACCAAGAAACCGACCGACAUCGUCAUGUUGCAGAAGUGGAAGUCAAAUAAUUCCAUGGUGACAGCCUUGUUGGUAAAUUCAAUGAAAUUGACCAUUGGGAAAACAUAUCUAUUCCUCCCAACAGCAAAAGACGUCUAGGAUGCAAUGAAGGAGACUUACUCCGAUGUGGAAGAUUUGUCGCACAUAUUUGAAAUUAUAACCUGACUAUGACAGACUCGGCAAGGCUCGAGAGAUGUGACUGAUUAUUAUAUGGAAAUGGUGGCUCUCUAGCAAAAAUUAGAUCUUAGUGUCGAGGAGGAAUGGAAGUGCGUGGAUGACUGCACACUGUACAGGAAGAAGGUGGAGAAUGAAAGAUUGUAUGAGUUCUUUGCUGGGCUAAACCGAGAGUUGGAUGACAUCAGAGGAAGAAUUUUAGGUCGGCGACCAUUACCACCGACUCGCGAAGAGGUUCGCCGGGAGGAAGAUCGCCGAUCAGUGAUGCUGAAAGAUGGGAACGGGUCUCCAAAGAUGUCGGCCCUAAAUGUAAAAGGGAGUGGGCCUCCAAGUGUGAAGAUAAAUGGGCCAAUUAAUAGUGGGCCUUGAACAAAUUUUUUAAAAAACAGUGGGCUGGAAAUUAGUGGGCCUCCAAGUGGGAAUGGAGUAUUAGGCCUAUUCUCAAAAGGGGCUGCAAAUGGGUCGACCUAAAAACAACGAGGACGACCAUGGUGUGAGCAUUAUCGCAAGCAGUGGCGCAAAGGAGACACGUGUUGGGAAAUUCAUGGAAAGCCUACCGACUGAAAGCCAAGGCAAAAUAAAAGGAGUCGAGGACACCAAGUUGAAACAAAAAUUCCUACUUCAAGUGGGGCAUUCAACUCCAAACAAAUGGAACAACUCUAACAUCUGGUCAGCCUUCUCCUAAAGGUCCCUCUAGUUCUCUCGUCCACAAAGGUAACCUUCUGAGAGUUUUAAAUACCUCACAAUAUAAAACUUCUUAGAUCAUCGACUCCAGUGCAUCUGACCACAUGACAGACUCAUACCACCUAUUUUCUUUAUACACAACUUAUGGUGGACAUAUUAAAGUAAAAAUUGCAGAUGCUCACUCUCCUCCGUUGUAGGAAAAGGAAGUAUUCGAAUCUCAGAGUCUAUCACAUUAGAAUCCGUCCUCCACGUCCCAAAUUUGUCUUGUAAUCUCUUAUCUGUUAAUCAACUAGCCAAAAGUUCAAAUUGCUCUGCUAAUUUCUUUCCUUCUUAUCGUGUCUUUCAGGACCUUUCAUCGGGGAAGACAAUUAGCAGUGUUAAAGAGUGUGAGGGACUAUACUACUUCAAGGAAGCUAAUGCGAGUAAACUAGGUUAAAUUACAAGUUGUAAUCCUGCAUUUGUCUCUAAGGAUAGCGAAAUUUUGUAAUGACACUAUAGCAUGGGUCACCCUAGCUUUCCCUACUUGAAACAUGUACUUCCUUUACAAUGCUUGAAUAACACAUCAAUUGAUAUUAAAUGUGAAAGUUGUGAAUUCCCAAAACCUCAACGAACUUCCUUUCCAAAUUUCACAUAUAAACCAUCUACACCAUUUGCUUUAAUUCACAGUGAUUUAUGGGGAUCAUCCCGCAUUCCUAAUCGAACCCAAACAAGAUGGUUCGUCACAUUUAUUGAUGACCACACUCGGGUAUGCUGGGUAAAUCUACUAAAGGAAAAAUCUAAUGUUUGCUCGGUAUUUAUAAACUUUCACUCUAUGAUUCCAACUUAAUUUCAAGCACAACUUCAAAUUCUGUACACUGACAAUGGCACAAAAUAUUUUAGUACCACCUUGCAAGACUACCUAAAAACACAUGGAAUAAUUCAUCAAAGUUCAUGUGUCAACACCCCUCAACAAAAUGGGAUUGUUGAACGAAAAAACAGACACCUACUCGAGGUUGUUCGAGCCUUAUUGUUUACUACAAAUAUGCCAAAAACAUUUUAGGGAGAUGCAAUUUUAACAUCUACAUACCUUAUCAAUCGGAUGCCUAGUUGUACCCUUUCAUUUGCCUCACCUUUACAAAAAUUCCGACAGUACUUUCCUAAUUCUCGCCUCAAUUCAAACCUCCCGCUAAAAGUAUUUGGAAGCACUGCCUUUGUGCAUUCUCAUCACCGAAAUAAACUUGAACCAUGAGUAAUAAAGUGUGUUUUCAUUGGGUACUCACCCACUCAAAAGGGCUGUAAAUGCCAUGACCCAUCCACAAAACAGGUUUGCGUUAGCCUUGAUGUCACCUUCUUCGAAAAAACACCAUAUUUCCAAAAAUCCUCUCUUCAGCAGGAGAACUUGAGUGAAGAUCGGUUGGAUCGAGAAUUCUUAGAAUUUAACCUCUCCACAACUAACCCAAAUGUCACCCUACCUUCUAGUGUGCCAUAUACAGAAGGAACUUGAAUUCAGGGGGAGAUGUCAAAAAGCAAAAUGAUAAGGAGAUAAUAGUUUACUCACGGAAGCCUAAAUCAAACUAUAAAGAAACUCUCACACCUGAAGCACCAAAAGAGUCGGAACCGACGAUAGGACCUGAUAAGAACUCCUCUGACGAACCCAUAUCUCCAGAAAAUGAUUUGCCUAUUGCUCUCAGGAAACAACCUCGGUCAUGUACUCUCCAUCCUAUUUCAAAGUUCAUAUCUUAUAAUGCUCUAUCUACUGAAUUUCGAGCCUUUACGGCUAAUUUUGAUAAAACAGAAGUUCCAAGAAAUAUUUAGGAGGCUUUGGAGUCAUCCAAAUAGUGAGAGGCAGUAAUGGAAGAAAUGAAAGCCUUGAAGAAAAAUGAGACUUGGGAAGUAGUGAAUCUACCAAAAGGAAAGAAACCAGUAGGUUGCAAAUGGGUUUUUAAUGUAAAGUACAAGGCAGAUGGGACAGUAGAGCAUUAUAAAGCUCGUCUAGUCGCCAAAGGGUAUACACAAACUUAUGGCAUUGACUACACAGAAACAUUCGCACAGGUGGCGAAGUUAAAUACAAUUCUGGUUCUUUUAUCCCUAGCAGUGAAUCUAGACUGGCCUCUUCAACAACUUGACGUCAAGAAUGCAUUCUUAAAUGGAGAAUUAGAAGAAGAGAUCUACAUGACAAUACCACCCAGAUUUAACAGAAGUGGUAAGGAAAAUCAAGUGUGUAAACUCAGGAAGUGUCUGUAUGGUCUCAAACAAUCACCAAGAGCAUGGUUCAAUAGAUUUGCAAAAGUGCUAAAAAUUCAGGGAUAUUAGCAGAGGCAGCCCAAUCACACCAUGUUUUUUCAUCAAUCUAAAGAUGGUACAAAGACAAUAUUGAUUGUAUAUGUUGAUGAUAUAAUCCUACUUGGAGACAACAUUGCUGAGAUAGAAAGAUUAAAGAAGUGUUUAGCCACAUAAUUUGAAAUAAAAGAUCUAGGACAAAUGAGGUAUUUUUUGGGAAUGGAGAUUGCAAGAUCAAAGAAGGAUAUCAGUGUAUCUCAACGAAAAUACAUACUUGACCUGUUGAGAGAAACUAGCAUGUUAGGAUCCAAACCAAGUGACACCCAUUGAAUCUGGAAAGAUAAAGGACACAUGGAGCCCAUUGGAAAUGGAUAGAUAUCAAAAAUUGGUUGGUAAGUUAAUCUAUCUCUCAUACACUAGACCUGAUAUUGCCUUCGCAGUCAGUGUGGUUAGUCAACACAUGCACUCUCCCAAAGAAGUUCAUCUGGAAGUAGUAUACAAAAUUCUCAGAUAUCUAAAAGACACUUUUGGAAAAGAAUUAUUUUUCGAAAAAAUAGAAGGACGGGAAUAGAAGUAUUCAUUAAUGCAGACUAGGCUGGAUCAAUCAAAGAUAGAAGGUCUACUUCUGGCUACUGUACAUUUGUAUGGGGAAACUUAGUGACUUGGAGAAGCAAUAAACAGAAUGUAGUGGCUAAAAGUAGUGCCGAAGCUGAAUUCAGAGCUGUGGCUCAAGGAAUUUGUGAAUGAUUGUGGAUAUAGAAACUCUUAGAAGAAUUGAAAGUAAAUGUCGAACUCCCAAUCAAACUUGAUUGUGACAGCAAAGCAACCAUCAAUAUUUCUCUUAAUUCAGUACAGCAUGACAAAACCAAGCAUAUAGAAGUGGACAGACAUUUUAUCAAAGAAAAACUAGAAGAUGGGAUUAUCUGUAUGACAUAUGUCCCUACAACUGAGCAAACUGCGGAUAUCUUCACCAAAGGAUUGUCAUGACAAAACUUCAACGAUUUCCACAGCAAGUUGAACAUGAUCAACAUCUACUAUUCAACUUGAAGGGGAAUGUAGAAAAUCGUGUAAUAUGGAAAUAUGGAAAUUGUAAUUAAUUUUAGAUUGUGAUUUUUAGGUUGAUUGGUAGGUUGAUUUAUUUCCUUACUUAGGUGAUUAUAGUUUCCUUUUCUUAUUUGAAUUGUAUAGUAUAAGUAGGAGGUAUUGGGAUGUGUUUUAAGUGUCGUGAAAUAAAAUUUCCAGAAUUUCAAUUUUGAUUUCAACUUCCCAUUAGGUUUAACAAAAGAAUAAGAUAUACUUCAUGGCUGACGUCAGGAAGUGUGUGAAUGGGCGUUUUGUGAAGGCUGAUAAUCCCUUUGAUUAUGAUACAUUGUGCCAGAUAAAAAGCAAGUGACUGUACAGUUUACAGGCUAGACUAGUAACGACAUAUUGUACUGUAAAACAUUGAGAUAUAGAAAAAGGAGACGGAAGUAGUCGCAGAGAUGUUUGUUGGAAAAGGACUGAAGCACAUGAAUAAUGAAAUUUCGAGGUUCUGAUUACCUGAUUUUGCUCAAGAAGGGAAAUGAUUACUCAUUGUAAUUUCCUGGGUAUAUGAAACUGGACUUCCUCCCUUCUGGCCGCUACCCUAAGUAGCAAGCCAUAUAAUGAUAAUGCUGUAUGUUCUGUAGCAAAUCAUAAAAAUAUGAGGAAACAUGUUAUCUUCAUCUGUGCACAGGAUUCAAUGAUUUACUAGCAGCAUGUUAUGCAUAUGACUAGUUGUCAUUGUAAUAUAACACUACCUGAAUGGUUAUAUAACCAAAAAGUAAAGACUGUACUAAGUUGUCAACAGAUUAUUUCUUUUGUGUUUUUAUUUUUUUUUUCAUUUUUUUUUUCCAUUGUAUAAGUUCUUUGGGGGGGAGAAUAAUGUAAAUUUCAUUCUUACAAGAAGUCAUUAAUUGGAAACUUCUAUUUUUGUUCAUAUGUAUCUGUGGAGGG